UUUUCCAACAUGGCUGAGGCUGACAGUGACACAGCACAUUUAUGUGAUGCUAUCAGUAGACUACCAGAUGAACUACUUCAUACCAUACUGGAGAAAAUACCACUACUUGAUGCAGUGACUACUGGAUUCUUGUCGCGUAGAUGGAGGGAUGUAUGGAAGUACAUUUCCAUAGUAGAAUUUGGUCCAUUAUGGGUUCAGUUGACAGGAAAAGAUGUCUUUUCAUCUCUUAAUCAGUUCAUCCGCCUCCACAAAGGUCAGAAAAUUCAAAAUUUCUCUGUAAGUUUCAAAUAUCAGCCAGAAAUGUCGACACAUGUUGAUUCAUGGAUCCACUUUGCAAUUAGUAAGCAUGUUAAAGACUUACAUCUUGACUUUGAUGCAAUUGAUUUUCGCUUCAAUGAGACUCGUACUGAUAUGAUAAGGUAUAUUGAAUAUGAUCCUUGCUAUGAGAUACCUCCUUGUGUUUUCAACUGCAAAUCACUGGUCAGAUUGAUACUGUGUUGCUGUGUUCUGGAGCUGCCAAUGUCUAUUCAGCUUCCUUCCCUUAAGGUAUUGCGUUUGCAAGGGAUUGAAUUACCUCAAGAUGCAAUCCAAAUACUCACUUCAAAUGCUCCAGUACUCCAGUACUUGUUAUUGAUUGAUUGCAACAGCACCAGUGAUCUGCACAUUAACAUUGCACCAAAUCAACAUUUUCAUAAUCUGGAGAUAAUUGAACACUUUUUUGCUGUCAACCAUAGAACUAGAAUGUUUAUCAAGGCUCCUACUGCCUUCCAAGUGGCAUUCCUGGGCUCGAUGCCACGAUCAAAGUACAUUAUAGAGGAAGUAUCAGAAUAUGCUCAGUUUCAUUUCAGUUUUCCAGAGAUGUUUAAUCUUUCUGGAAAGCAUAGACUAAAUAUCCUGGGUAACGACUCACGCAUUCAAAAAUAUGAAAAUAGAUUCCAGGAGAUACUUGCAAGUUGCCAUAAGUCCAAUGACAUUCGCAUGUGCAAUUGGUGUAUCCAGCUUCUUUCUUUGCGAGAGUUAAGAAAUUUAGAGAGAUUGAAAUUCGACUGCACCAUUUUGGCAAUAUCUUGUACUUUCUGGAAAUGGGAGCUACCGGGAAUUAUUUACAUGCUGAAAGCCUGUCCUAAAGUCGAGGAGUUGACAUUAUCAAUGGCUCCCGGAGAAGAAAAGAUAAAGAUUGCCCAAGAUUAUUUGUUGCAACAUGACUUCCAGGAAAGCAGAUUCCUGGAUAACCAAAAUUUAGGACUUGAAUUGGAAAAUCUAAGAACAGUACGGUUUGUACAUGGUGGAGAUCACAAGACAUGGGAUCAUGAAUAUUUUGAUCUGAAAAGAUUCUUCAAUGGGGCCAUGUUGGGAGCACAAUUCAUAGGACUACUAAAGAAUCAUGCAGUGAAUCUACAAAGCCUUAUAUUUAAGUCAAGCGAGCAAGAGUUGAAAUGUUUUUUGAAGAAAAGGAAAAAGAAAAAAGAUGAAGAAAAAGAAACAACAACCAGGAGGAGCCCACCAAUUAGAAUUUACUGGGACUAG